UUGGAGGAUCUGGCAUCCGCAUGGAGCAGCUUGGACGGCUCGGCCACAUGGAGCAGAGGCACGGACUGCGACAGCAUGGCUGCUGUGUACUGCGACGACGACGGGCAUGUCGUUGCACUAGGCACGGACUGCGACAGCAUGGCUGCUGUGUACUGCGACGACGACGGGCAUGUCGUUGCACUCGAAGUGAGAAACGGCAACAUAUCAGCGUCUAUUCCUGAGAGCAUCACCGCCCUGGAAGAACUGUCAUGGCUUUACAUCAAGUCCAGUGAGCUCACUGGCUCCCUCCCCCCUGCUCUCUUCACUCUGCCCAAUCUCACGGCGGGGUGGGCUCCGCCACUCGGGCGUCCGCGAGCGGUAGCGCGGCUCAGGGGACCGCGCGGGCCAACGACCACCCGCCCGCCGACCGUACAGCCGUUCCGGGGAUUGCCCCUGCCCAUACGACCGAGACUACGCCAUCACGGGGAGGCGUUCGCUGGUGGACCCCACAAGGGCGUUCUCGACGAGCGCCAAUGGCUAGCGCCGCGUCGACGCCGGGGAAUCGCGGAAGCGAACGGCGGGGAGCGAGGAGGAGUAUAGCUCGGGGAGGUGCAGGCGGCACGUUCGUCCAGGCUGUUCGCCGCAGAUUGGCUGACGCGACUGUUAUCUCGGGGGCAGAGGCCAGGCCGGAGAGCCCUGGCAGGGCGGAGAUUAGACUAAGGGAGUCGGCAGCUGGAGGAGAGGGCGCUGCUGCUGGGAAUGGCGAGGAAGGAUCGGUCGCCAACCCCCGCUUGCCCGCCACCCACCCCGCCACAUUCGGGACCAAUUCGCCAGCUGUCUGCUGACCCCGCUCCUCCGAUUGGCCAAGGACCCUGACUCGGUGCCAGCUUGGCGACUUCUGAUAUUCCUUGCUCGCCUUACCCUCCGCGUUGGCACAGCCCGCAAGCCUGAUUGGCCCUCCGUCGAGCGCAGUUUGGACUCAUUUCGCCAGGGUUCCUGGGUAGAUCUUUAUGUUGAAGCUGUUGCCGCCAUCACUCUCCCUCCUCCCCAGCGCCACAUGCCUGACAGGACUGGGAUUUCAUCCCCGUGCCUCGGGCUUAGCUAAGCGCGGGAACCUUGGCAAAGCCCUUUAGGCGCUAGAAUCCACC